AUGUGUGCUCAGCUAGCAAGUCUACAAGCACCCUUCCUCAAUGACUUUCGAUCAGAGUUGGUUUCGUCCCUGUUGCCAGAUCUGCCGAGUCUCGCCUGUGCCUUGGAGGAAUUUGUGGAAAAGACAUUUGUGGAAAAAGAAGGUGACCCGCAUGCUUCACAAGUGAUCACGCAACUCAUCACUCCCGAUGACGACUUGUGCCUGGAGCUCUGCAAGAAAAGCGUGCGGCGGCUUCGCGGCUCGCUGCUGAAGCUGACCAAGGACAAGCAUGGAUGCUGGAUUGUACAGCAAGCACUCCAGUGUGUACCAGCAGAAUUUCAUGCCUUCCUGGCCUUGGAGCUACGCGGCAAAGUCUUGGCCUGCAGCCAGCACUUGCAUGGAAACUUUGUCUUGCAGAAGUGCGUGGAGUUGCUGAGCCACAAUGAUGUAACCUUCAUCGUGGAAGAGCUGAAGAACCAUGCUGUGGAAGCUGCAUCUCACGUCUACUCCUGUCGGGUCUUGCAGCGCAUCAUUGAGCAUUGCCCACACGACAACCCAGGCAUGAGUGAUUUGCUGAAUAAUCUUCUGCAGAGUGAGACUUUGCACAAACUUGCUAUGGAUCCUUAUGGAAACAACGUGCUUCGCGCAGUCCUCACGCGUGGAAGACCCCUUCAUCUCAAGCAGAUUGCCACGCUCUUCAUCGAUGAUUGCAACAUCCUGGCAUAUGCUCGGAAUCGUCAUGCCAGCUUGGUGCUGGAGCGGCUUUUGGAAGCGAUGAGCGGGGAGUUUCGAACUGAACUGCAGGAGGAGAGGAACGCGUUGAUGAUCGCCUUGCUUGGACAAGACACGCCCAAUCCUCCCUUCACGCAAAUGGCUUUGGACCGUUUUGGAAACUACAUUGCUCAGAGAGUCAUUGAAGACUCCCAAGACAUGGAGCAACAAAGGAUUCUCCAUCUGCUGAGUGCCUUGGGUCCAAAGCUUCGUCGUGCCGUCAAUGGACGGCACAUCCUACAGUCAGCGCGGAGAAAGUUCGGCUCGCAACUUUCCUUUCAUUUCCCAGCCGCUUCGGAUCCACUUUGA